GUCGGCGACGACGUAAGCGACAUCUCAUCUUGUAUUUCCUGGGGGUUGUGACGAGCUCUCCUGCAGGCCGUCACGGCCGCCCUCGGAACCGACCCCUGUUCUGAACCUCGCUCAUCUUUGCGAACAUCGCGAUGGCUGACAGCGAAUUUGAGGAAUUCCGGCACUACUUCGAGAGGCUACCCCAACAUCUGAAAGCACCGCUGUCCAACUACACGCUCGUACAUGAUGUGAUGAUCGAUGACUCGCCGACAUCCUCGCAAGGAAGCGAUGGAGAGGUCGGCAGAUCUUGCGACGUCGUCACCGGCGAUUCCGAGGACGAAGAAGUCGUCGUCAUCCAUCGUCACGACAACCAAAGCGGGCACACCACUCCUGAUGACAGUGAGGAGCUGGAUCAUCAUUGCUCUAUCAUAGCUGACAGCGAUUUUAGGUUGGUAACGUCCUUGUUCGGUGGACUGAGCAGCAGGGGUCGAUCGGUAGGCGGUGGCGGACCAGGACCGGGCGGGGGUGGUACUACUAUGUCUGGUAACGGAGGUCGAGAUAGUGUCGUCAGCGAUGUUGGGGAUUCGUGUUCCAGUUUGAGCUCCUGGCCUACGCCGGAGCACGUGCCAUCGAAUCGACCUGGAAGUGGCGGCACCGAACGUAGACGUCGAAGACUGCCGGAAAUUCCUAAAAACAAAAAAUCUGUGCCCGUAUGUCAGACGUCCAUACAGACGUCGUCUUCGCUAGCAGACGAGUUGAGUGCCGCCACUGGCUCGACAUCGACCCGGCCUCAUCUUGUCUUAAGGAAAUGUCAUCCCAGACUCCGUCACGAGGACAGCUCGCCCGACAGCGAGAGGAUGGCCACAGACAGCGGUCAUUCUACCGCUCAUUCUCCUGACAAUGGCCCCAAGAGUGUGUCGCCCAUACCAUGUAAUACCCUGCAGAAUACAGACUCAGUGUCGCCCAGCAGCACCCCAGGAAGCGGAGGCGUACCAUUCACCCAACUGGAACUGCUCGAGGCAACGCAUCGAGGUCUGCACAAAUUCAUAUCGCGGCAUCACGACGAAAUUGAUCUUGAAAUUGGAGACCCCAUAUAUGUGCAAAAAGAGGCUGAUGACCUUUGGUGCGAAGGUGUGAAUCUAAGGACAGGCCGGCAAGGUAUCUUUCCGUCAGCUUACGCAGUCGACAUGGAUUACAGUGAUUUUGAUCCCACCGCGCCUAAAGUGAAGAGAGAAAGAUAUCUCCUAGGUUACCUAGGUUCGGUGGAAACCUUGGCACAUAAGGGUACGGGAGUGGUUUGUCAGGCGGUGCGGAGAAUCCUUCGCAACUCCUUGCAGGAUCCACCUGUUUCACAGAGUUGCAUUUUGGAAGUAUCCGAUCAGGGUCUUCGAAUGGUCGAUAGAAGCAAAUCGCGAAAAAAUCAGGGUCCUUGUCACGAUUAUUUCUACUCGCUGAAGAAUGUAUCGUUUUGUGCGUUUCAUCCUCGCGAUCAUCGCUACCUCGGCUUCAUCACGAAGCACCCCACUCUGCAGAGGUUCGCUUGCCACGUGUUCAUUGGUCAAGAAUCCACGAGACCCGUUGCCGAAGCUGUCGGACGUGCUUUUCAUCGGUUCUACACGAAAUUCAUCGAGACUGCUUUUCCGAUAGAGGACAUCUACAUUGAAUAAAUUACUCUCAGUCUCAUUUAUAGUGGCUGCGAAGAAAAUGUUAACUCUCACUUCCCCUUUUAACCCCUGUAUAUAUCGCCCGCUAGUUGUAGAUAUAAAAUAAUAAAUGCGAAUCAAACACCCAAUUUAUACAUAUAUUGAACAUAUGUAUAUCUAUGUGUACGGAACAUAUUGGGAGUGCCACGAUGAGCCUCCAUUAAUAGCA